ACCAAACAAAGCCUUAGUUUCUGGACAAUGGACAUGAUAUUAGAACCUUGUGGUGACUAUGAGUUCAAAACUUACCGUUGUCUUGUUCUUAAAAUUUUAAAGUUUCAACUUUCAAGUGCAAGACAUCAACUGACCACGUUUGCACGUACGUGAAUGGACGUGUUAGAAUUUACAGUAAAACUUUUUCAUGGGUCUACAACCACAAUUUAAGCUUUUGAUUGAAUUGAUAUUUUUGGGUAUGCUAACCUCCUCAGCCCUAGAGUCUUUCUCUCUCUAGCUAUGCCGCGGAGAAGAGGUCGACCGAGGAAAUCCGGCAAGACAGGCGUUCAAUCACCGGAAGGAGCAGCUGCGAGCUCUUCCAAAUCAACAGGUAAUGAGAAGGAGUCCCCAAACUUUGUCAUAUCCUCGAGUCCUACCGAGGUGGAUAAGGAGCCGGAAAAAAAUGAAACCCUAGAUCCACAAACGAACAAAGAGGAUGCUCCUGUUCGGAAAUCCUAUGCGAGUGUCGUAGGCAGCCAAGAUGAUGAAAUGAAGCUACAAUAUAUUCCUGCCUCAGAGAUGAAUGGAACCCCUGUAGCUAAACUCACGAAGGAGGACAUUAUCGAAUCUGCAACAUAUUGGGACGCUACUCUGGUAUGUUGUAUUCUCGGUGCUAACCCUCCAGUGGAAGUAGUUAAGGGUUUUGUACAGAGGAUCUGGAAGGAAUAUCAGAUUGAGGAUGUUUCUCUACUAAGAGAGGGACAAUUCAUUGUAUCGUUUAAAAAGGCUGAAGAUAGGGACAUGGUUCUCAAACGGAAGUACUAUUUUUUUGAUAACAAACCAGCUCUGGUCCAAAAAUGGUAUCCAGGGACUAAAAUUAACCUGGAGCAUCUAGAUGAUGUACCAAUUUGGAUUCAAUUCCCAGAUCUGAACAUGCGAUUCUGGAGCUUAUCUGGUCUGAGUAAACUGGGAAGCAUGGUGGGGAAACCUAUAAGGAGAGACAGACCUACUGCAAAUAAAACGAAAUACUCAUAUGCUAGAAUACAGGUUGAGGUUAAGGUUCAGCAGGAAUUUCCUCAGGAGAUUACCUUUAUAGAUGAUGAAGACAAGGUGAUUACCCAACAGGUCACCUAUGAGUGGUAUCCUUGUAUAUGCUCCCAUUGCAGGAAAUUGGGACAUACACAGGAGACCUGUAGGAAACAAAAUAAUAAAAGCACACGGGUGAGAAGGAAACUGGUGUGGAAGGCUAAGAAUAAUACUGAAGUGCACAAGGAUGAUGCAAACACUGACCAAGAUAAGGAGACAGGAAAACCAUCUGGAGAUAGAGAACCAAUGAAGGAGGAUACUGAAAUCACAUCUCAUCCAGAAGAAGAGGGUUUUAUGGAGGUAUCUGGUAAAAAGGCUGCUAAGAAGAGCUGGAACAUAAGGGGACUUAAUAGUUCCCUAAAGCAAAAUGAGGUCAAGAGACUUGUUAAUAAGUAUGAUAUUGGAUUGAUGGGCUUACUGGAAACUAAGAUAAGAGGGAAUAAGUUUACUGAUAUUGAGGGUAAAAUGUUUAAUGGAUGGGGUUCUUUUAUAAAUAAAGAUGCACACCCAUUAGGAAGGAUUUGGGUAGUAUGGAAUAAAGGGAAGUUUGUUGUGGAGGUUUUGGAUUGGAGUGACCAGCUGGUACGCUGUAAGUGUAGAGGAAUUGAAGACAACAAGCAAUUCUACUUGACAUUUGUAUAUGGCCAUAACACUGCAAUUGAUAGGAAACACCUAUGGGAACAGUUGGGAAAUCUGUCUAGCAACAUGAAGGAAAGCUGGGGGGUUAUUGGAGACUUCAAUGCUGUCCUAGAGCCCCAAGAUAGAAUUGGAGGUAAUAAUGUUACAGAAGAUGAGACUCAAGACUUCAAAGCUUGCAUGACUAUGUGUCAUCUGGAGGAACUCCCUAGUGAGGGAAGCUAUUACACAUGGAAUAACAAGCAAACACAGGGUAGCAGAAUAUAUUCCAAACUGAACAGAGUGAUGACCAAUAUGGAAUGGCUUUUACAGGUUGAAAAUAAGACACAGAUUAUUGAAGAGGGAAUAUCUGAUCACUGCCUCCUUCUCAUCAGGACACAAAACCAAGAAAGAAGGAAUGUUGGCUUCAGAUAUUGUGAUAUGUGGGAAUUAGACUCUGACUUCAAGCCUCUGCUAAAUAAGCAAAACGAAGACAAGCAACAUAACUUUUAUGAGUGCAAAUAUACAAAAGAGGUCCAAGAAGAGAUAGGAAGCUGGAUAAGGUAUCAAUGGAGAGCAGAUAAUGAUGAAGCAAUGUUAGAUGAGAUGAUGAAGAUCAAAGGAAGAAGGAGUAGGCAGAUUGUAAUUGCAGCUUUUGCAGCAACUUGUUAUGCUGUGUGGAGAUUGUGCUUCAAUUUCUAUUUAUGGUGGGAUGUUCAUGAUCUAACUAGACAAAGUAUAUCCGGUUUUCGGUUUGGGAAAGUUGUUUUGAUUUCUUUGGGAAUGGAGAAAACAAAACUUAAUUUGAAUGUCCCACUUCUAUCUGUGAGGACUAGGAGGAUCAACCGUAGUCAUCAAUCGGAGCGUGUAACCAGAAAGAACCCCGAAAAUUCGCUUGUUAGCAGUCGAAAGCAGUUCCCACAACCUGAUUGUGAGUUGAGUGAGGUCACAGACAAGACAGUUGCAGUCCCAUUUUGUUGGGAACAAGUGCCCGGAAAGGCGAGGGGGGAUGAUUCUUCUUCAACCACACCAAGGCUCCAUUACCACCAAAACAUUUCCAGGUCUCAAACCAACGCAACCCACCCACCCGAAGACCAUGCUGCUUUGCUUGAUUGCUUGGUAGAGAGCAUGAGGGUGAAAGGGGAAUUUGAUUUGGAAAGACGGGAGUACCCGUAUCCUGAUGAACUCGAAUCACUAACCGAUUCUUUGUCAUCAAGCGGUUGUAAGGACCCAGAUUAUCUGGAACUCUUAGACGAGUCGUUUAUGGUACCUGCAGCCAAAGCUGUGGGUUGGGGCACCGAAGAACCGAAGCUAGUGAAGAAUAAGUCAGUUGCAGUGGAAAGAAAGCCCUAUGGCAUGCCUUAUUAUAGUGACUAUGCAGAUAGUGCCAUGGUUGAAAAUCAACACAAAAAGCCACACAAGUUUUGGAAGAUUUUCAACCGGCUUCGUUCUAAGAGCUCCUCCGGGGGAUCAAAAAUGAAAAAUCUUGAGGCACCCACACCCUCAAUCAAGGGACCUAAAUGCCAGACUGGAAAUGCUCUCAAUAGAUCUCUUAACCAUGACAGACAAUCUUAUAGUGGACCUCUAGGAAAGCAAUCACAUGAUUACCAGCAAAGAUUUCAUUCUAGGGCUUUAUCAGGGGAGCUGUUCAAAGUGGGCAAGAGAAACAUACCCAACCACUUGCCUCAGUCCAAAAGUGCUGCAGCAUCUCCGAUCCGGAGCUUCACUUCGUCUCAUUUUAGUGACCCAAAGAAAUUUCUUGGUGUGCCAAGAGAGCUGGAGAAUUUCAAGGGUGCAGGCUAUCUUCAUCGCAACAUUCAUACACAGAACACUCGCAAAGGAGGUCCAGAUUCGCCCGUGGAUGUGGUUGAGAAAACUGUUUAUGUAGAUUCUGUGAACUAUGUAAAGAAUCCGAAUCGCGAGACGUUUCCUUCAAAACCCAAGGUUGUUAAGGAGUUAGAUAAUUUGCCAACUCUGAAGUAUGUGAAAACUCAUGAAAUGUUCAAGGACAACUCAGAAAGGAGCAAAAACCCAAGUCAAGAACCAGCAGGUCAUAAACAAGGUUCUAAAGACUUGGAAACCAUUCACAGGAACAAAAGUAGUAAUGGAAGAAAUCAAGAAUCAUCAUGUCCACCCUUACCUAAGUCACCAACAGAAUCUUGGCUUUGGCGAACACUGCCUUCGCGAAGCACUAUGGACCAAAUGGAUAAGAGUCCGAGGGGAAUUAUUAAUACUCCAACAAAACGGGAAGUCACUGUGAAAUCUUUCGACGAACAUCAUAGUAACAGACAUUAUUUUGAGGAACUUGUUCCUCAUGGUUCUCACCUUUGGUAAGACGCUUAAUUAGGCGUAGGAGUGUACCCUUCAAGAAUGCAAGGCUCUUUUUCAUUCACUCGCUGAAUUUGAUUUGCGCGCUUUGGUUUAACAUCAAAAAACUUGAUCGAAGUGCAUUGUUCUCCAACUUUUAAAUUUGAGCCCCCCAUGAGGUUUUUUUUUAAAUCGGAGCGUGGGCGCGGAUUAAAGAAAUGGUAUUUUAAUUGUUUUGGAGUAAUUUAUUUUUGAAUUCAUACAUGGCAUUUGUAUGAACUCCUUGAAUGGCAUUGUGGUGAGUCAAGAAAUUCUUAGUCUUAUU